AUGGCUGAAGCACUUCGUAGGUUCAACAGUAGUGAGGACGAAAGCGAUUUUGAGGGGUUUAUAGUCGACGAAAAGGUUGAAGGAACACAGCCUAUCGCAGUGGGAACAUCGGCGGUUUCGUGGAGAGACAUAGCGGGUGAUUCGGACGACGAUGAAGAGGACUUUCACGGUUUUUCUGACAUCGAAGUUCAAGAACUCGACAGCAAUAGUGUGAGCAAAAGUGGAAGCGAGAUAAGUAGCGAUGGUUUUGAUGAUAUUUUUUAAUGGAAAGAUAAUUUAAGUAGUGUUAGUGUUGAAGACUUUACUGCCGACUUUGGUCCUCGACAUGGGUUGGGUUUAGAUGCUUCCCCUAAGGACUUUUUCGACUUGUUUUUCGGCGAUGCGUUUUUCGAUCUCAUUGUGCAUGCUACAAUUUCGUAUGCCCGUUCAAAAUGCAACGAUCCAAAUUUUACAACCGACUGUGACGAAAUGUCUGCAUUUUUUGGCUUGAAUAUUUUGAUGGGAAUAAACAAACUUCCAACAAUUCGGUCAUACUGGGAUUCAAAUUUAUUUUUAGGCAAUGCUGGUUUCAAAACAACAAUUCCUGUGAGACGUUUCGAGAUUUUAAACAAGUAUUUUCAUAUUUCGGACCCGCGGCAAGAAAACCCAACUGAUAAACUUACAAAAAUUCGGCCCCUUAUUUCAAAGCUCGAAAAUGCUUUUCAAGAUGUUUAUGUGCUUGGAAAAAAUAUUUCGAUUGAUGAAGGUUUGAUUAAAUUUAAUGGUCGUUUAUCUUUCAAGCAAUAUAUGCCUAAAAAACCGAAUAAAUUUGGUAUCAAAAUUUGGAUGUUAGCCGAUUCUGAAACUUAUUUUGUGCCACGCUUUCAAAUUUACUUAGGUAAACAACAAAAUGCCGAUGAAAAUGAUGCGGCCUUGCGCCAUAACAGGAAAUAUUUUCCUGCUGAUUUGAAAAAAAUUAAACUUAAGCGUGGAGAAAUGCGAACUCGACAAAAUGAAAACUUAGUUUGUUUGGCAUGGCAAGAUAAACGUUUAGUCACGAUUUUAUCAACCAAUGUCGAUCCACAGCCCGAAGUUUUCGGCCCUUUAGAAGAACGCACUGGAAAAAGGAAAGUCGUUCCCGAGGAAGUGCGAGAAAAACCUGCCGUCAUAUCAUUGUAUAAUAAGUAUAUGAACGGUGUGGACGUAAACGACCAGUAUAGGAGCUACUACCCUGUAGGAGCUCAAUCUAAAAAGUGGUGGAAAUAUUUGGCUUGGUUUUUCGUGAAUAUUUCGAUUGUAAAUGGUUUCAUUUUACGAAACUUGCAGACUGAUCAAUGCCAUCGCCUAAAACAUUUAGAUUUCCGUCUUGUUUUGGCAAGACAACUUAUUUCGACCUAUAACGGCUACAAAAAGAUGUUCCAGUGGGUAGAAAUGUCAAGGGCCAUAGCUUAG